GGGCCGGGGAUGGCGGCGGCCGCGGUGGCGGCGGCUCCGGGACGAGCGGGAGGAGUCCAGGGAGCUCCGUGAAAUGGGCCGGCUCCUAAGCCAGAGGGGAGGACACCUACUAAAACUGCUCAGAAGUACCACCAGAAGCUCAGAUGUGGGCACCCCAGCCAGCAGCAGAGAAGGGUGCAGGGAAGCCACAGAGAAGUCCCUUCUGAUGCCCCAGGGAGCAAGCAAACCCCAUCCAGGCUCCAGGAACACCGCAAAGCAAUAUGAAACCUGUUCAUGAAAGGAGUCAGGAAUGCCUUCCACCAAAGAAACGAGACCUCCCUGUGACCAGCGAGGACAUGGGGAGAACUGCCAGCUGCUCCACAAACCACACGCCCUCCAGUGAUGCCUCUGAAUGGUCCCGAGGGGUCGUGGUGGCCGGGCAGAGCCAGACGGGAGCCAGAGUCAGCCUCGGGGGCGAUGGAACUGAGGCCAUCACUGGUCUGACAGUCGAUCAGUAUGGCAUGCUCUAUAAGGUGGCUGUGCCACCUGCCACCUUUUCACCAACUGGCCUCCCAUCUGUUGUGAACAUGAGUCCCUUACCCCCCACGUUUAAUGUAGCGUCUUCACUGAUUCAACAUCCAGGAAUCCACUAUCCCCCAGUCCACUAUGCUCAGCUCCCAUCCACCUCACUGCAGUUUAUUGGGUCUCCUUAUAGCCUUCCUUAUGCUGUGCCACCUAAUUUCCUACCUAGUCCCCUCCUUUCUCCUUCUGCCAACAUUGCCACUACUCACCUUCCACACUUUGUGCCAUAUGCCUCCCUCCUAGCCGAAGAAGCUACUCCUCCCCCCCAGGCUGCAUCCCCAGCCCAGCCAUUUAACAAGUCCUCUUCUGCCACCUCCCCACCCGGCCAGUUGCCACAUCACUCGAACGCUCAACCACUGGAUCUUGCUCCAGGCCGGAUGCCCAUUUAUUAUCAAAUGUCUAGGCUACCUGCUGGAUAUACCUUGCAUGAAACUCCAACAGCAGGUGCCAGCCCCGUUCUUACCCCUCAGGAGGGCCAGUCUGCUCUCGAAGCAGCUGCUGCCAAUGGACAGAGACAGCGAGAUCGAAAUGUAAGACGAGAAAGUGAAGCCCUUGAUUCCACCGGCAGCAAGGGCGAAGGCCAAGGACUGGUGCCGGUGGUCGAAGGCAUGGCGGACGGACAGUUGUUUUCAGGGUCUCAGACUCCACGAGUGGAGGUGGCGGCGCCAGCACACCGAGGGACCCCAGACACCGACCUGGAGGUCCAGCGGGUAGUUGGCACUUUAGCUUCUCAGGACUAUCGUGUGGUGGCAGCUCAGAGGAAAGAUGAAGCCAGCCCUCUUAACCUAUCCCAUCAUACCCUUGACCAUCAGGGUGAGGGACGAGGGUCAGCCAGGAAUCCUACAGAACUGGUGGAGAAAAAUCAGGCCCGUGUGUUCUACCCUCAGUCGCAUCAGGAACCAGUAAAACACAGACCUUUACCCAAAGCAAUGGUUGUAGCCAAUGGCAACCUGGUGCCCACUGGAGCUGACCCUAGCCUGCUGCCUGUAGGCUCGGAGAUCCUGGGGGCACCAAGUCUGGACAUGCAGGCCAGAGCCACCUUCCCAGACAAGGAGCCAACACCACCUCCUGUUACCUCCUCCCACUUGCCCUCCCAUUUCAUGAAAGGCGCCAUCAUUCAGCUGGCUACAGGAGAGCUGAAGCGGGUAGAGGACCUCCAAACCCAGGAUUUUGUGCGCAGUGCCGAAGUGAGUGGGGGGCUGAAGAUUGACUCUAGCACGGUUGUGGACAUUCAGGAGAGCCAGUGGCCUGGAUUUGUCAUGCUGCAUUUUGUGGUUGGUGAACAGCAGAGCAAAGUGAGCAUCGAGGUGCCUCCCGAGCACCCCUUUUUUGUAUAUGGCCAGGGCUGGUCCUCCUGCAGCCCUGGGCGGACUGCACAGCUCUUCUCUCUGCCCUGUCACCGGCUCCAGGUGGGAGAUGUCUGCAUCUCUAUCAGUUUACAGAGCUUGAACAGUAACUCAGUUUCUCAGACCAGCUGUGCUCCCCCAGGCCAGCCGGCUAUACCCCGAGAAAGGCCUGAGAGGACAGUCUUGGGGCCCAGAGAACUAUGUGACAGCGAGGGGAAGAUCCCGCCUUCAGGAGAGGGUUCCCGGGUGGGAGAGCCCUCCCAGCCUGAGCCUGGUGCUCAGGCCUGCUGGCCAGCCCCAAGCUUCCAAAGAUACAGCGUGCAAGGGGAGGAGGCGCGGGCUGCGCUGCUCCGUCCCUCUUUCAUCCCACAGGAGGUAAAGCUGUCCAUCGAAGGGCGUUCCAAUGCAGGAAAAUGAACCUCUUUCCAGCCCAGGACUGGGGCUUUAUCCCCAGAGGUGAGCCUCACCGUGAGCAGCCAGAGGAUUUGCACAUGCCAAGCAGAGAAUGGGUCUCUUGGCAGUGAGAUUUGAGGGAAAUAGGAGGCAUGAAGACAGCCUCCCAAAGCAGGAUCUGUUGCUCAUUAAUUACCCCAUGGCAUCCUUUCAGGACAGCCCUAGGGGAUGCUGAGAUGAGGAAUAGCAGGCUUGGAGCAGGAAAGGGCGGGAGUGCACAUAGGAUAAGAAACAUUCCAAAGUCAGGGCCGCCCUGUUUUUUUCCUACGUGGUCCUGGCUCCUGCGAGGGAAAGUACAGGCUUUGGGAGCAGGUGGCAGAGGGAGCAAAGAAAGAGCCAAAAAUGAUCCACAGCUUAUAGUAGCAGUAAAACUGUUUCCUUUCUUUUUUCCUCCCCUCCCUUUCUUGUGGUGGGAGGGCAGGAGGCCCAAUGGUUGAAAAUGAGAAGGUUCCCACCCAGAACUCUUCUUGUGAGAGACGUGCACUUUAAAGGGUGAUUUUUGUUACAGAUGUUUAUGGCUGGGUUGGGGUUGGGGUUGGGAAGCACCAUGAUCUACGGAACUCUGCUUGACGCUUUGCUUCUGCCCAUUGCCAUCUCACCUCCCAUUCCUCUGUAAGGCUUUCUAGCAGUUUAGGGGCCAAAAGAGAGAGGAGAAAUCCCUUCAGGGCUGAGAAUGAAGGACUGCCUUGCCGGGACCCAGUCGGGGGCUUUGGGGAAAAGACUUGACUGCUAGACGAUGGGCCCUAGGCAGGGCUUUUGAAAGGUGGCUGACCCAACAAAACUCCCACUCCACAUGUCAGGCCUGCUUUGACAUUUCCGAGUCUCUAGUAGUGACUUUGGAAAGCCCUGGAGGACCUUCUCCUCUAGGCACCCACACUCCUCCAUUACCUGUCUAUGUUGUGCCUAAGUGCCUGCGCUGCCCCCGCCCUUCUGCUGCCCUGACCUCUGCAUGGUGUCUUGAUCUGGGCCUCACGUGUAGCUGCACUGCCUUUGUCCACUAAGACCUCUUGUUUUUGAUGUAUAAGGGUCUCUGGUUUCCCUAUCGGCUAUAACUUUUAUAUUUAGAAACUCAAUCAUGUCCUCUUUCACUGGCAGCACUAUAGUGGAGAAACAAAGAAGAAACCAUGCCCUAAGCUGAGCAUUUCCCAUUCUGGUGGUUUUACUUGGCCCCUCCCAUCUCAGUCCAUUGCCUCUCAGCAUUUUGGCAUCUCCCAACUGUGCCCUUCCAGUGUCAGCCCUGAAAGUCCAGGGUAGUCCCUGUACCAUCUUAGCGGCUGUCGCCUUGUGUGGUGGUGGGUUCUUCUACAAAGAGGAUUUGCUAUCUUGGCUGUGUUUGCUGCCAUCUCCCUUAAACCACAUGUCACCUGCAGCUUGUAGUGUCAGCUUAGGCCGUAGGAUUCCACUGGGUGUUAAGAUGUAGGCUCCCCCACCAACUUUCAGGUGGUUGAGUGGUUUUUGUGUGGAUUUUUUUUUAAAGGGGGAGUGUGUGGUUCUUUAGACUCUUGAAGGCAACUCAGGGUAUUGUCCACCCAGCUCUCUAGUUAGACUUCUCCUAGAGUAUGAUUGUGGCAUUUCCUUCAUAGAUAGACUUGGAGCGGUCAAGACCUGGCCUGUCAUCAGGAGGCCCACACUUCUGAGGUAUGAGCAAAACUUAAGGCAAGUCUUGUGAUCUCUCUCUCUUUCACUUCCUCCCCAGCUGCCAAAUGGGGAUAAAUAAUCUUACCUACCUCCUGGGGGGAGGGGAAGUUCUGAGAAUGGAGUCAUUCUUAGUGUUCAGGUGCUAAAGGUUCUCUUCGGGAAUAGAGUGACAGAAGCUGGCUGGCGGGCUGCAAGCCCUGCAUUCUGUUUCAGACCUUGAGAGCAGAUACCUGGUCAGCAAGCUUUUCGGGGAACAUCCAAACGAAGCUGCUUAACUUAGGCUGACAAGUCCUUAAGUCUGGGAGUGUUGUCAGAGUCCGACACCAACCCUGUGCUGUGGUAGAGAUCACGUUCUUUCCCCUCUUCUGCCCCCAGUCCUCGAUUGCUGCUUCUCUGGCUUAUUUCCUACAGCGGGGCCUGUGGGCUUGAGUCUUAAGGAUUCUCUCAGAUGAGAGCUGUAGGAGAAGGCCUCCUCUCUGUUUGGCGAGCAACUCCUUCCUAGGGGUCAAUGUAUGUGCGGGUUUCUCGAAAGCCCCCUUUCUCACACGAAGGUUCAUCCUGGGAAUUUAGUGACAUGCACUGUAGAUGCUCAAGAAAUGUCUACCAGGGAUACCACUGAGCUUCUUCUUAAUGGGGCCAACGUGCAUCCGGUUGUAGUUGAAGUCAAAUCACUCUCUACUCAGACUAGUAGCUUUCUAGCCUGUAAUGCCCGCUGAAUCCUGGAAAAAGAAAUUGUUGAAGACUUGGCCAAAUUGGGCACUGACCUUUCUGCUGUGGUUCCUUUUUUAUCCCUGUCUGAUAAAGUAAUAACAGUAACUCCCUUAAUAUGGUGCCGUGCAUUCGUAACACGCUUUUGCUGAGCUGAGGGCUCCCUUUCCUGAAGUGUGCACCCCUAGAAAAGAAUGCUUGUCAGAGCUGUGGCAGUGCUUACCCUAAGUGUGUAAGAGACAUGAGUGGUCUUUAGAGUAAGCAUUUCAGUGGUUAGCUGUCAGCUUUUGGGGACUGGGCCGUUGACAAAGAUCAGCCUGUUCCCAGUCAGUGAUAGGACAUUCCCAGAACUUGGAGAAAGUUCUGAAACUGAACGGAAAUACAGGUGCCAAUUUAGAAGAAGGGGAACUUGGUAAAGGAUGAUGGGUAAUCUAAGAUCAUCCUUAUCAAGAUAGGAAGUGGGGAAGGGGCUUGGGCCCUCAGAGGUGAGGGAGGAGCCUGAGUAGAGCUAGACUGACCCCUCUUUACACUUAGGGUCCCAUUUGGUCCUAACACCAUGGGCUUUGCUCUGUGCUGCUUUGGCCACUGCUGUUGUCUGCUCACUGUCCUGCCUGUUGCCCAUUUAGCUCCUGUCCUUCAUGUCUUUGGCCAUGUAGACUAAGCUCAGACAUCCGGUCCAUUCUAACUUGUGUUCUACCAGUGUUUCUGCGCAGCACAGUCACGUUAGACAGGGUUGGUCUGCAUGCUGUUGAAGGGCUAGUAGAUCUGGAAGGAUGUGGCUUCAGUGCUGUCAGGAGCCCGUUGGCUCCAAAAAUUUGCCUGUCUUGAGAGAGAAACAAGCGGGUCCUACUAGAGACAGUCUUUUCUCUCUUUUAUGGUACUUUGUAGCGUGUUUCAAGACAAGAAGAACCAACCGUGUUAGGUGUUGAGCCAGGAUCCUAGUGGCAUUCCUCUAGCCCCAUGUUCUGGGGUUGAGAAAGAGUUUGAAGUUUGGCUGAAAUAGCUCCUCCAUUUCAUGGGUUUAAUUUUCUUUUUGCCAGUGGGUAUCCCAGGCCUUUUAAGAGACGAACAGGACGGCGGCAUGAUUUAAACCCGCACUGAGUAGGCAUGUUGAGUGGUUACACUGGCACCAGCUGACGGACGUCGGGAAAGGCUCAGGCCUUUGGGGUAAAGAUAACCAGAUUCCUUGAAUUGGCCAUGGGAGAUUAGGCCACAGUCCUAGAAGCAAAUAGGACAGAGGCCACGUUUUAGAGAGGUGUGUUGACCUCCUAGGAUUAAGUUUACUAAACUACACUGAAGCUAUAGUACUUUCUAGAUCAGAAAAGUUGUACACUACAGUUGAAGAGCUGAAUUCUACUAUAGAUGGAUGUUAGCCUUUGCUUGGAAGCCUUCACCUUCUAGCUUCCCCAGGGUUGGAAAGGUCUCCCACAUUAUGCAAUAAUAAAAUAAGUAUCUGGGUCUUUGCAGCUGUCAGUUUUUUUCAACUCUAGGAUCCAUCUUUGGACCUAAAGCCUGGUCUGGGCCUAGGAUGACAUUGGCCCUUGGUUCUAGAGUUGGUUGCAUUCUCUCCUUACCUGCAGACUAUGCACAGUUCCUGGGGCAGAGGGAGAAGUGGGAUGGCUUGCCCUGCUGAGCCUCCUCAGCAGGAAUAAUAGUAAUAAAUGCACUUUUCACAUUAAAGGUUUCUUUAUUAGUUCUCCUGUUAAGCCUAGGCUCUUCCCCUAGUAGAUUGCAAACUCAACAUUCUGUGUGAUCCCAAAGCCAUCCACUGCAAAUGCUUAGCAGUCAAGAUGGCCCCAGACUGGGUUCCUGUCUGCAGUGUGUGUGGCAGCAGCCCAUGUGCCUUUACCUAAUGUCAGACUUGGAAGCGUUUAGUCUGUCUUUAUGUUAGGGGGUCUUAGGUACUUCAGAGAGAGAGAGAACAGAUAACACAGUGGUUUUAUGCCCCCCUCACCCCCUGGCAGGGACUUUGUGUGUAGUUGUCAACUGUGAGGGUUGGUGAGCUGCUGGUAUUGCUGAAGGCAGGGUGGACCCCUCAUUUGCUUCAUGUGUGCACUCAGUGAAUUGGAUUGGGGAAGAGACUGACCGUACUCAUGGCUAACCUGAAGUAUUAAAAUACGGCUGUCCUCUACACACUUCCUAGUCACACAGGAUCCCUGUAGCCAAAACAGUAUAUGUUCCAGCUGCAGAGAGCAGACUGCUCUCAGCUUGCACAGCACCUUAGGGGAGGGAAGAAUAUAUGGAUAGGUGAUAGGGGUGGAGAACAGAUGGGGAUUUUGUCAUCCAGGUGGUUUUAGGGUCCUAAGGAGUAGAGAAGGAUGGCACUGGGGAGGUCUGGAUGGAUCUGAUUUGUGUAGGAGUUCCCUGUAGAUAAAUUACUGAUCCCCCAACCACUAUCCCCAGUAUGUAAUGGCUGAAUUAAUAUGUAAUCAACUGCAUUGUAUCUAAAGCCUUAGAACUAGUCAGGUGCUCCUCCCACCCAAUACCAUUUCUUACCCUCUAAUCCUACCUGAUCUUUAACAAAGCAUUAAUAAUUCUAAGGAUAAUCUCUAUUUUGUUGUGCUUUUUUGUAACUGUUUUAAAUAAAUCAAUUUGUACUGUAUAUUUGUACUUUUGUGAGAUCCUUUUUGCUGUUUUACCAUUUUAAGUCUCUGUACUUGGCUACACACAGAUUGUAUUUUUAUUGUUAAUGCUCUUCUUAUGGAUACCUGCAUUUAACUUGUGGACUAUGUAAACACAAUAUAUAUCAAUAUCUAUAUAUCUAUAUAUCGAUCUAUAUAAACUACUAGCUUUUC